UUCAAAACAUCCUCACAACAGUUAGUGCAAAACUUGAACACAAAUUCUUCCAUUCAAGACAUCAUGAAAAUGAACAACACCAACAUGGGAAGCUCCAAAAGAAGGGUUUCAAGCAGAGGCCUUGGAGGCCUCCUUAGAGAACAAAGGGCAAGGCUCUACAUCAUAAGGAGAUGUGUGGUUAUGCUUCUUUGCUAUCAUGAUUGAGUCGAACCCUUCAUCCACUGGCGGAGUCAAGAAAAAUUUACACCUUUUUUCUUACUUUCCCCCCUACUUUCUUAGAGUGUAAAUAGCAAUCGCUACACGUAUUAGCUAGAAGCUAACAAUUUUGUACUAACCGGCCUAAUAAGGCUUCAUGUAUACCUCCAAUAUCUCGAAUUGAAACGAUCAUUUUGAUUUGAUUUCAUUAUAUGGGUUAAA